UCGUACACUAAAUCUGUGACGUUUUUCGCAAUAGCUGUCAAGGUCAGCUAGCGCGAUGGCAGCAAAAUUCGGGAUUGUAUUACGGUCCUUGCGGUAUCUUGCCAAUAAACCUUUGUCAUGUCGCAUGAUUUGCACAAGCUCAUCCCUCAGAUGCGAGGACCGUCCUCAAUUCCCAGGGUCAAAGUCAAAAUUCACUUAUAAAAUGUCAUUUCUGGACCCGGAUAAAGAGGAAGGUAUUCCUGUAUACAGAGUAAUGAACAGUCAAGGAGAAAUGAUCCCAGAGAGUGAAGAUCCAAAGAUUGAUAAGAAGACUGUUCUCAAGAUGUACCAUGAUAUGACUCUGCUAAACUCCAUGGACAAGAUCUUGUAUGAGUCCCAGAGGCAGGGGAGGAUCUCUUUUUAUAUGACAAACUUUGGGGAGGAGGCCACUCACAUAGGUUCAGCUUCAGCUCUGCAUCCAGAGGACCUGGUGUUUGGACAGUACAGAGAAGCAGGGGUGCUGAUGUGGAGGGGAUUUACAUUAGACCAGUUUAUCAAUCAGUGCUAUGGUAACAUGGAUGAUAAGGGUAAGGGACGACAGAUGCCUGUCCACUACGGAUCCAAAGAUCUCCAUUUUGUCACCAUCUCUUCUACCCUUGCCACACAGAUGCCUCAAGCAUCUGGUGCAGCCUAUGCCUACAAGCGAGCUCAGAAUGGUAAGUGUGUCAUCUGUUAUUUUGGGGAGGGAGCUGCCUCAGAGGGAGAUGCCCAUGCUGCCUUUAACUUUGCCGCCACUCUAAACUGUCCAGUCAUAUUCUUCUGCAGAAACAAUGGAUAUGCUAUAUCAACCCCUACCUCAGACCAGUACAGGGGGGAUGGUAUAGCAUCUAGGGGCAGUGGUUAUGGGAUGAUGACGAUACGUGUAGAUGGUAAUGAUGUGUUUGCUGUACACAACGUCACUAAGGAAGCCAGAGAAAUAUGUGUCACACAAAACAGACCUGUCCUGAUAGAGGCCAUGACAUACAGGAUAGGACAUCAUUCCACCUCUGAUGAUAGCUCUAUGUACCGCAAAAAGGGAGAGGUUGUCAAAUUUGAUACAAAUAAUCCGAUUGGUCGAUUACGGAGUUACAUGGUCAAACAGGGUUGGUGGGAUGAUGAGCAGGAAAACCAGUGGAAAGAAGAAUCAAAGAAAAUGGUGAUGGAAGCUUUUGCAAAAGCAGAGAAGAAAAAGAAACCAAGUCCAAAAGAAAUAUUUCAUGAUGUUUAUGAUGAAAUUCCACCACAUAUACAAAAACAAAUGGACUCCCUGAAAGAACAUGUGUCCAAAUACGAGGACAAAUAUCCAGUCCAGUCCCAUGAUGCCUGGUCCUGAGGGACGGGGAAUUAAUUAGGGUUGUCUUUUCAUCAGGAAUCUCAUCAAAUUUUCCUACUACAUGUGUAUUAUCAUCAUGUAUUGAUCUUGAAAGCUUGUAAAACAAAGAGAAAACCAUACGGGGUACAUGUAGAGUGGAGCAAGAAAGAAAAGACUGCAAUUAUUUAAGACAUAUCAUAUACAUGUCUGUUUUACAGAGGACAGAUGCUGGAAUCUGCAGGUUGAUAUCCUUUAAAAAAAAUAAGCAGUUAAACUGUUUUAACUCUGAUAUUCCCAAAUUUUAUGAAGAAUUUUUUUUUUUUGAAAAAUAAGUCAUUGUUUAAUGUUUUGCAUGUAGAAAAUCAAAUUGUAUAUCAUAUCAAUUGGUUUUUAUGAAAUAUUACCAUCUUGGCUCAGAACAAACAAAACAUGAACGUUUAAUGAAAAGAAAUUUCUUUUUUGAAAAAAAUAUACCAGUUUAGAUACAUGCAUUUCUUACU